AUCUAAAGGGAAGGACAAUGUGUAAAAAUAUUAUGUGGACAUAAAUAUGACAGCGGCACAAAAUUGAAGAUUUAUCCAUACCAACAAUGGAUAAUAAUAAUGCGGCAGAGUGUUCUUCUGUUCCUUCAAUAUUCAACAAUUCUACUCCGAAUGAAAACUUCUCGUCAUUUGUUUUAUUCUAUAACCAGUGUUUAGUGUUUGUGAAGAAAGAGCUUAGAUAUGGCUACUGCAACAUGGGUUCCCAUCUCAUGCACUUUCAAUCCCGUGACAGACAAACCAAGAUUGUAUCAUGGCUCUGUACAGGUGCAUCAUUUUCCUUUCUCAAACCUCAAUUUCAUUAAUCACAUUGAUAGCUCUCUUGGAUGUUUUAGAAAAUGCAAACAACAAAAAUUGAAAACUCUCGUCACCAAAGAUGACUGCACAUUUUUUGAGAAUGAACAAGUAAAUCAUGGCAUAGAUAUAGAACAAUUUGAGUCCAUUUAUUAUGCAAGUAUGUUGCAAGAGUGUGUCAGAAGGAAAUCAGUAAGAGAAGGCAAACAAAUUCAUGCGCAGGUUAUAAAAUAUCUAGAAGAGGCUGAUGUUUUUCUAGGAACUAGUCUUCUUAACAUGUAUGCUAAAUGUGGGAGUUUAGUUGAUGCACGCCAAGUGUUUGACAAGAUGCCGGAGCGAAGCAUUGUGUCAUGGACUGCAAUGCUUACAGCAUAUAUUCAGAAUGGGUAUUGGGAAGAUUCUCUGAAACUUAUGGGUUCAAUGCAUGAUGCCGAUAUUAUGCCAGACCAAUUCACUCUCCCCAGUUUACUUAGAGUAUGUGCAAGCAUGAGGGAUCCAAUACAGGGAAAGAUGUUGCAUGGGAUGGCAAUCAAAACUGGUUUUGUGUCUGAUGUUUAUGUGGACAGUGCCCUUGUUGACAUGUAUGCUAAAUGUAACCUUUUGAUGGAUGCACGCAGAGUUUUUGACAAAAUUUCAGAACCAAAUGUAGUAUCAUGGACUGCAAUUAUAAGAAGUUAUGUCCAGAAUAAGUAUCAUGAGGAAGCUAUAAAUCUCUUCUCCCAAAUGCAGUGGUCGUGCACCAGGGCAGACGCAUUCACCUUGAAUAGUGUCCUUACAGCAUGUGCUAACCUAGAAGAUCUACAAAAAGGAAAGCAGGUGCACGUGUAUAUUAUUAAAUCUCUGCCUGAUAUAAAUGUCUGGGUAGGGAAUGCCCUUAUUACCAUGUAUUCUAAGAGUGGUGAAACAGAAUAUGCUUUCAAAGUGUUUGAAAGAAUGUCUAAGAGAAAUGUGGUAUCAUGGACAGCAAUGAUUGCUGGUUAUGGACAAAAUGGGUGCAACGAGGAAGCCGUUGAACUUUUUAAAGAAAUGCAUUUCGCAAAUGUGAAACCCAACUCAUUUACUUUUGACAGUGUUCUUGCAGCAUGUUUCUCCCUGAAGUAUUUGAGAUUUGGGAAGCAGGUCCAUGCCCAGGUAUGGAAGAAUGGAUUAACCUCUGAUUCGUUUGUAGAGAGUGCUCUUGUUAAUCUUUAUGCCAAGUGUGGGCAUAUGGAAGAUGCACAUAAUGUGUUUGAUCAAGGUCCCAAAAACGAUGCUGUAUUAUUAAGUACAGUGAUUACAGGAUAUGUAGAAUACGGGUAUGAUACUGAAGCUCUAAAUGUCCUUAACAAAAUGCGAUUGUCACUUAUGAAUAUAACACAUUUAAACUUCUCAAGUAUUCUCAAGGCGUGUGCCUGUGUGGGAUCUCUGAAUCGAGGCAAAGAGAUACAUGCCCAGGCUUUAAAAACUGGACUUGACUUGCAUCUCUUUGUUGGGACUUCCCUGAUUGAUAUGUACAGCAAAUGUGGGAACAUAGAUGAUGCACUUAAAAUGUUCAAUGAGAUGCCUGCACAGAAUAUUGUCUCAUGGAAUGCAAUGAUCGCAGGAUGCAUCCGAAAUGGUCUUUGUAAGCAAGCUCUCAAUUUUUUUAGGCAAAUGCAAAUCGAAGGAAUUAAGCCAGAUGAAUUCACCUUUGCAAGUAUCCUUGGUGCAUGUGCUUCUUUAGCAGCCUUUGAACUAGGAAAGCAGGUCCAUGUCUGUGUCAUUAAAGGAGGGUAUGAAUCAGAUGGUCCAGUGCAAAAUACUAUUGAUAUUAUGUAUGCUAAAGUGAGAUUCAUACAUAAUUCAUACAAGAUGUUUGACAAGUUGCCAGAACAAAAUGUUGUCUCAUGAAUGUACAACACGGGUAAAACAAAGCAGCCAUUCGACACUUUUAGAAAUGCUACAAGAAAAGAUCAAACCAAGCUAUGCCUUUUUUUCCAGCGUUCUUCCUGCACACAGCAAUAUAGUGCGGACGAGGACCAUUACUACUUUAUGUCAAUAUUCAAGAUCAUGGUAUCAUGCCAAGCACUACACCUGCAUGGUUGACCUUCUUGAUCAUGCUAAAUGCCUAAAUGAAGUGAUGAAUGUUAUCCAAGAAAUGCCAAUAUGAACCAAUGCUUUAGUGUGUCAUACCUUUUUGGGCGCUUCUUAUUCCAUUGUAACUUGUAACUAUGAAAACAUGCUACAGAAUAUAUACUAACUUUGGAACCACACGACACUGCAAUUUAUAUGCUUUUGUCAAAUAGGCAUACUGUGCUUGGGAGGUGGGAAGAUUUAGCAAAGGGUAGAAAACUGAUGGACAGGGUACUGAGAAAGGAGUAGGUUGGACUAGAUAAAAAGGACACGGUGUAGGCAUUUGCUAUUUAAGACAAUUUACGUCUGUGAACAAAAGAGACAACUUAAAACCAGAGCAACUUACUUAAAACCAGAGCAACUUACUGUGAAAAUAAAUAAGAUGAGUAUUUGCAAGAUACAAAAUUUGUUUUGCAUAACGUGGAAUGAGCGUAAUGAAGUUAUCUUUGCCAUCACAGUAAGAAACUUGCUAUCGGUUUUGGGAUUAUACAUAUACCUCAAGGAUUUGCAGGUCAUUAAGAACUUUGUGUAACAAACUACCUUAGAUAAGUAUGAUUUUUAUUUUAUUUUUUAAACACAAAUAGAUCCAUACCUAAACCUCAAGGUUCAUUCUAUUCAUCUGCUUACAUAUUUUUUUUUGGGAAUCAAAGGAUCCCUAGUUUGUAGACCAAUAAUAUUGAUACUUCAUCCUCUCCCUUGUUAUGAGAUCUCCAACCUCACUUUAAAUCACAACCAAUAAUUGAUGUGAUGCUUCCAAUAUAUUCCAUUCACAAUGGUAUGAUGAAGCCAACAUUUGGUACGAAUACACACCAAACCACAUUGCAACCAAUUCAUAUAAACAUCACAUUUUCACACAAUAAUUGUCACAUAUACACACUAUGAUUAGCUCCCACUUGUGUCGCAUAUACACAUUGUGACUAGCACAUACACACCUCA